AUGAAGGACGCCACCAUUCUGCACAACGAGGUCGUGCGCGGCCUGCUGGCCCAGCACAAGGGCUACGAGGUCGAUCACCGGCGAGGGCGCCGGCGGCGAGGGCUCGCUCUUGCCCUGCUCGAGGUCCAGUGGCCCGCCGCGCUCUUUGCCCACCCCGCCGCCGCCGAGGAGUGGGGCGACACCGACGACCGCCUCAUCUACCGGGCACUCGGCCUGCGGGUGCGGAUGGGCGUGCAUGUGGGCCAGACCCGCAAGGUGUUCAAUGGGAUGUCGCUCCGGGCCGAGUACAUGGGUCCGGCUGUGAACAAGGCCGCGUGGAUCACGACCAUGUCGCACGGCGGCCAGAUCGUGGUCUCGCAGGCCGUCUACGACCGGAUCCGGGACAGCGGGCUCGCCAAGGAGAAGAAGCGCCUGGCCAGCCUGGGCAAGUUCGAUAUGCCCGACAGCCCCCAAGUCUGUUCGAGCUGCUGGACACGCAAGCUCGAGGCUCGGUUCUUCCGUGGCACGACCACGGGGGUGGCGGCCUACACCAGCGAUUCCAACCCGGGCGGCGGAGACGGCAGCGACCACCACUGCAAGCCCCGACGUCGCACCGUGACCCACUCCUCCGGCGGCGGCCCCGGCGACAACGGCGACGACGACGACGGCGAGCAGGAGGUGUGCAGCACGGGCAGUGGGGUGCUGGUCGGCGGCGAUCACGUGGUGCAGAUGGAGGAGUCGUUCCUGGCGUCGGCCAACCUGUGCCGGUGGAUCAUCGACUACGGCGACAUCAAGGUCGGGCGGCAGGUGGGCAUGGGGUCGUACGGCCUCGUGUUCCACAUGGCCCUCCUGUCGGAGCUGCGCCACCCCAAUGUGGUCGUGUUUAUCGGCGCCUGCGUCAAGAUGCCCAACCUGUGCAUCGUGACCGAGUUCGUCAAGCAGGGCGCGCUCAAGGACCUGCUCUACGCCGGCCCGCACGGCUCGACGAUGGUCAAGCUGGGCGAGAGUACGCGCGGCGGCGGCGGCGGCGGGCAGGUGGUGGUGAAGCUCGAGUGGAAGCAGCGCCUGCGGAUGCUGCUCUCGGCGGCCCUGGGCGUGAACUACCUGCACACGCUGGAGCCGGUCAUUAUUCAUCGCGAUCUGAAGUCGUCCAACCUGCUUGUGGACGAGAACUGGAACGUGAAGGUGGCCGACUUUGGCUUCGCGCGCCUCAAGGAGGACAACGCGACGAUGACCCGCUGCGGCACGCCCUGCUGGACUGCGCCGGAGGUGAUUCGAGGCGAGCGGUACUCGGAGAAGGCGGACGUGUACUCGUUCGGCAUCAUCAUGUGGGAGGUGAUGGCCAGGAAGCAGCCCUUCGCCGGGCGCAACUUCAUGGGCGUGUCGCUCGACGUGCUCGAGGGCAAGCGCCCGCAGGUGCCGGCCGACUGCCCCGAGGAGUUCAAGAAGGUCAUAAAUAACUAA